AUGCGCGUAGCUGUUAUUGGAGGAGGUCCCUCGGGGCUGGUUACCCUCAAGUAUCUCAUCACUGCUCAUGAAUACUUCCCUGGGGUAGACCCCAUCGAGGCGAAGUUGUUCGAAGCAGAAGGUUCUGUCGGCGGUACCUUCAAGCAUCGAGCCUAUGAGGAUGCUGAGCUGGUCUCUUCUCGUCAACUCACUACCUUCUCAGACUACCGCUACACAGCAGAGUCUCCAGACUUCCUUUCCGCCGAGGCAUACUGCACCUACCUCGAAGGAUACUGCAAGCAAUUCGGUCUCUGGCCUCACAUACAUCUCAAGACGCCAGUAACUAGCAUCCAAAGAGGGAAGGAAGGCGGACAUACCAUUCACUACCGCGAAGAUGGCGAGGCUGCUGAGUGGAAGUGUGAUGCUGUUGCGAUCUGCUCAGGGCUGCAUGUUACCCCUAACAUCCCAGACAUCGGUGGAUUGAAGGCUGUGCCCACUGUCAUACAUUCAUCUCAGUUCAAAGAAAAAGCUCAAUUUGGAAGUGGUAAGAACGUGAUGAUAGUGGGCAGUGGUGAGACCGGUAUGGACCUUGCGUACAUGGCCAUCAACUCCGAUGCAAAGUCUGUCACUCUUUGUCACCGUGACGGAUUUCUGUGUGCUCCCAAGAGAGCUCCAGAACCAUCAUGGUUCGGCAUGAAGUCAACCACGACACCCAAAGGCAACGUACCGUAUGAUGUUGGUGCAGCCAGUCUCUUCGACACGGCAUAUGUACACCCACUUCUUCGUGAUUCAUUCCUCCCAUGGUGGUACUAUGACAGAUUCGCCAAGUACACCACUUGGCUGGUAUCUGGAACGAAAGCUGGUCUUGAUCAGUGGGUUGGAGAAAUCUCUCCAGAGCGCUUCCACGCUUCCAAGAUCUUCUUCAACAAGUCAUCGAAAGCAAUGCCGUACAUCAGUGCUCAGUAUCGCACCAACUGCCUGAUAGACAAAGUUCGGUCAUGUAUCGCUCAAGUCCCAAUCGUCGACACUAAUGGUCGCACAAUCAACCUCGCACCUUGGCCUCAAGCCAUCAGCGAGAAAGGGGUCGUUCGAUUCGUUGAAAAUGGCAGACCAGAAUCCGAGACCAUGAAGAAGAUAUUCUGCAAGCCCGAUGUUCUGAUUCUGGCUACAGGCUACACUCAAACCUUCAGCUUUCUCGAUGACAGCUAUCCCAAGCCAAAGGACGCCACAAUGAGAAGUAUUUGGAAGUUGAACGACCCGAGCAUUGCUUUCAUCGGCUUCGUCAGACCUAGCUUCGGUACGUUCUCCAUGCCGUCGUGGCGCCGCUUCGAGCCCAUGCUACAUCCCACAGGUGCCAUUCCUCCCCUUGCCGAACUCCAAAGCCAAGUCUGGAUCAUGAGUCUCCUCAAUCGUCUGCCAUCUCCACUUGGGUUUGAAGACCACUACAAGCUCCACCCUUUGCCAUCAAGCCGUAUUCAAUAUGGCGUUGACCACGAAUCUUAUGCCUACCAGCUAGCGCUCGACAUGGGAUCCGCCCCAUCCUUCACAGACGUCGCCUCGAAAGGCUGGAAGCUGGCACUAUGCUGGGCUUUGAGUGCGAAUGUUAAUACUAAGUUUAGACUCGUGGGGCCCUGGAAGUGGUCGGGAGCUCAGCAUGUCAUGGAGACUGAGAUCUGGGCUACCGUCACCCGGAGACGGAACCUACCUAGUUGA